AUGAUCGAUCCUUCCCCGGUAGUGGGUCUGCCCAAUAAUGAAUGGAUCGAACUGAAAAACACCAGCAACGGUUUCAUCAAUCUUCAAAACUGGAAAAUCGGAGAGGGCAGUUCAGAAUCCGGGCCAUUGCCCCAUUACCUGCUUCCGCCCGACAGCUUUAUCAUUAUUUCGGGUAAUGCUGCCGUAGCACUUUUGUCGGCAUUCGGACCAGUAAUCGGUGUUACUGGCUUUCCUUCAUUACCCAAUGACAAUGGCCUGAUUAUUCAACAAAUCGGAGCUAACACAACAUCGGGAGAGCUGUCCUCUGUUGACUGCAAAGGAGACACACUCGAAGUAAUGCCGCCAGUUGGAAAAUUUUAUGCGGAGCUAAGCCCGGCCAACAAGAAAAAUUACCUCGCCAUUGCCGCGGGGAGUGGGAUCACCCCUAUUCUUUCUAUCAUAAAGACGACCCUUCACACCGAACAUCGCAGCACCUUCACCCUCGUAUAUGGUAACAGGAGCCGCUCGUCGAUCAUUUUUUUCGAAGAAUUGGAAUCGCUGAAAAAUAAAUACAUGCAGCGCUUCAAUUUUAUCAAUAUACUUAGCCGUGAACGAACCGAUGCCGCCAUCAACUUUGGUCGUAUAAAUAGUGAAAAGCUCAAUGAUCUUUCACGGGUUAUUGAAUAUUCAUUGGUAGAUGAAGCUUUUUUGUGCGGCCCCGAGGAAAUGAUAUUUACCGCCAAAGCUUUUCUGGAAGCAAGAGGUAUUGAUAAAAAGAAGAUCCAUUUUGAACUAUUUGCCUCAUCCACUCCUGUUAGUUCACGACCCAUUAAUAGUGGUGUUCGCGAAGGCGAAACGGGUCCUCAAAGUCUCAUUACCAUUAAACUUGAUGGAAGAAGUAUCGACGUAAACAUUCCCCUGAAUAGUGAUACGACAAUUCUUGAUGCAGCCCUCGUGCAAGGCGCUGACCUGCCAUAUGCCUGCAAAGGUGGUAUGUGCUGCACCUGCAAAGCAAAAUUAGUCGAGGGCGAAGUGUCAAUGGAUGUACACUGGGGACUUGAAGAAGAAGAAGUCGCCAGGGGUUAUAUACUAACCUGCCAGUCACAUCCAAAGACAGAAAAGAUAGUUGUCGACUUUGAUAUAAAAUAA